CCAGAGUGGCGGGGUGAUUUAUCCCGUGGAUGCGGCUGUUUGGGUCUGUGUCUGAGCCCUGCAGGAUCAGCCUGACAUAGGGCACCAUGGUUUCACCGGUUCAGAGGAAUAUCACGCCAGAUAUGCUGCUUUUUGUGCCAAUUUUGUGGUUUUCAGCGCUGACCGGAGCGGCUCCUUCUCUGACCACCGAGCAACUGGACACCGGGGUUGACUGGCUGAGUAAGUUCGGCUACCUCCCACCCCCUGACCCAGUGACUGGCCAGCUGCAGACCAAGGAGGCCCUGACCAAAGCCAUCAAAGCCAUGCAGAGGUUUGGAGGGUUAAAGGAGACUGGAGUUUUAGACCAAGCCACUUUGGGACUAAUGAAAACACCAAGAUGUUCGCUGCCAGAUGUGUCUCAAGCUGAGGCGACGAAACGCAGGAAAAGAAGUCUGAUUCCUCCAAAUAAAUGGAAUAAGAGGCAUCUUUCCUGGAGGUAG